AUGACCGAUAUCAAGUGUUUUUUGAGCCGCGCCGCCAUCAAUGGUCCGGGUCUCAUUCCCUAUGAUUUCGGCGAAACCGGUCAGCCUAAAUACUUUGAUAUCUGUGCAGGCCAAGGGACUGAAUUCAAGGAGAUUGCGUUGAUUUCAGAACUAUUCGGCCGCACAGACAUGUCUUUGGAAGGUCAGCUCAGGCGAUCUUCUAAUGGCUUUGUGGGCUUGGUACAAGAAGACAUUGAAGGGGUCAUUUACUGCAAAUACAUCGGCACUUUCAACGGGGAAUUAAUCGAUGGUGGGAACAGCGCGAGGCUUAGGUCUUUGUUUCCUCCAUCAAACAGCCAAUAUGGUGAGUAG